AUGAAACUUUUAAGAGUGAUACUGCACGUGUUACUUUGUGUAGCUUGUGGACAAUCUGUAUCUAGUUUGCAACGUCUUUUAAUAACUCAGCAUAUAAACACAUCAAAGCAUAAAGAAAAUAUAGUGAGGAAAAUUAAAUUCAAUCAGAAUUUCAUCACCUCUUCAUCUUCGAAUAGUAAGUCAACUUUUGAUACCGAUUUAUGUAGAACAUUAAUCAAGGCUGACAUCCCGCACUUACUAAAUUAA